CGUUUCAUCUUUCUACCCCUACUCCUCCUUCCUUCUCCUUCUCCUUCACCUUCACCUUCUCACGUUACAGACGAUUGUGUCAUAUUUUUCGAUCGAUCUCAGAUGGAAAAGGCAAAACCCGCGGCCUUAACGUAUCCAUUGCAGAAGCUGGUUCAUAGUGAGAAAGUCAAAUUCAAAAUCCCUCAACCCUAUAGAUCACCCCUUGACAAAGCCAAACCUCGAAGUUUAGUUAGUUUAUGUAUUGGAGUUCUUGGAGCACAUCUUGAAGAUAUCAUAUCAGACCUCGGUGAGAUUGCUGCAGGCUUUCCUCCACAUGUUAAGAUGAUAAUGGCAGCAAUCGCUAGGAGACGGAAGUUACUCAAUGAUGAUGUCCUCAUUUCAUUGGCUGAAAGUUCCUGGGACAUCCUAGAUGUCUCUGGGUCUGAUGUUUCUGACCAUGGCCUUGCAAGAGUGGCAGAGAGAUGUAAAUCUCUGCGAGCUGUGGAUAUUAGCUGGUGCAGCAAAAUUACUGCACUAGGUGUUUCAGACCUUGUGCAACAUUGCCAUUCAUUGGAGAUAUUAAGAUGUGGAGGGAGCCCCAGGAGUGAAUUAACUGCACGCAGAUGUUUGGGUAUCUUGAAGCCGGAACUGAAUUCUUUAGAGGAAGAAUCUUGGGAGGAACUUGAUAGCAUGGAAAUCGCCAAUGGUGCACAGUCACUGCGCUGGCUUGUAUGGCCAAAAAUUGAUGAUGACUCGAGGGAGAGCUUGGCCACUGAAUGUCCACGCAUAGUAGUGAAUCCAAAGCCAUCACCUUUUGGUCUCCGAGGGGUUGAAGUUCCUUUUGGUGCAUUACCGGAUAUAGCAUUGGAUGAUCCUAUAGUUAAGGACAUCGAUCCCAGGACUUGGGCAACUUGUGCGGUUGCACCAACUGUGACAAUUCCAUCUGUUUCUGUUCCCAAUGAAAUUUUCAGCCGUCCCAAUGAAAUAUCCAUGGCUGAAAGGUUCAGGCUUGCAUUUGUUGAGAGGGAUGCCCGCUUAGCCCCAAAGAGAGCAAAGAAUGUGAGGCAACAUCGACGGCGUGAAGACAAGGAGAGGGUGACCAAGAGUACCAAUGCAAAGUCAAUAAUUUUGGCUGGUCAACUGAAGAAGUCCCUAAACAUUUGGAGCUGAUGGCUGGAUUCUUUGAACCUCCCUUUUCUCCGUUAAAGAUUUGUUCAUGCCUUGUGCACAGAAAAAAGUUCAUGAUGUUGUAAAAUUAUAAUCUGAGAACUAGGAAAGGUCAUCCUUGUCUCUUGGUUUUUCUUUGCAUUGCUUUUGUAUAGAUAAAACGAUAGCUUGUUGAGUUGAUGCAUAAACGAUGGUGCGAGUGUUGGGAUCUUCUUGUACAUUUGGCAAAGUUAUGAUGCAUAGUUGCUCAAGG